GCCUGCAAGCACGUUUUCCAGCCGCGCAGAUUUAAAAAAUAAUAAAUAAUACCUGUUCGUGGCGUUUUCCGAGUGAAAAUCCGGCUUUUCCGUAGUUUAAGGUGUUCCACGAAUCAUGUCGGCGCGGGAGGACGAUGACCGGAUGGAGGUAGCGGAGGAUCAGAACAUCGAGGAUGCCAUUCUCGAAGACGCAAGCGAUGAGGAGGAUAAAGAAGAGACCACCAACGGCGGAGGCGGUGGCGGCAGGUCAAAAGCGAAGGUUUAUCUACCCGGUCAGGCACUGGACAAUGACGAGGAGCUGGUCUGCGAUGAGUCGGCCUACAUUAUGCUACACCAGGCCCAUACCGGUGCUCCGUGUUUGAGUUUCGAUGUGGUUCAGGAUCCGCUCGGAGACGAUCGGGAAGAAUUUCCACUGACGGCGUUCCUCGUGGCGGGAACGCAGGCGGCCCGGACCCACGUGAACGGGGUGAUCGUGAUGAAGAUGUCCAACAUGAACCGCACACAACGUGAGAAGGAUGACGAUGAGUCUGAGGAUUCGGGCGAGGAAAGCGAUGACGAAGAUGUGGGAGGUGAUGGCAAAACGCCGAACCUGAACUGUGCACUGAUCAAACAUGCCGGCUGCGUGAAUCGGUUGCGCGUAACCACCUUCAACGGGACACAGUACGUGGCGAGCUGGAGCGAGAUGGGGCGCGUACACAUUUACAACAUCAACGAGCAGUUGGCGGCGGUCGAUGAUAAUCACGCCUGUCGUACGUACCAACAGAACAAGGUUGGCGAUGGAGUGAAGCCAGAUUUUACGUUCUCCGGACACCAGAAAGAGGGCUUCGCCAUUGACUGGUGCCCGACGACGCGCGGUAUGCUGGCCACUGGUGACUGUCGACGUGAUAUACACAUCUGGCGCCCAAACGAUAAGGGUUCGUGGAACGUAGAUCAACGACCGCUCGUCGGCCAUACGGAUUCGGUCGAGGACAUUCAGUGGAGUCCGAACGAAGCGAACGUUCUGGCAUCCUGCUCGGUGGACAAAUCCAUUCGCAUCUGGGACUGUCGAGCGGCUCCCUCGAAAGCUUGUAUGUUGACGGCAGACAACGUGCACGAGAGUGAUGUCAACGUGAUUAGCUGGAACCGGAACGAACCGUUGAUAGCCAGUGGUGGCGAUGAUGGUGUACUGCAUAUAUGGGAUCUGCGUCAGUUCCAGACGAAAACACCCGUUGCCACGUUCAAGCACCAUACUGACCACAUUACGACGGUCGAGUGGCAUCCGAAGGAGUCGACCAUUCUUGCAUCCGGUGGAGACGAUGAUCAGAUUGCACUCUGGGAUCUUUCGGUGGAGAAGGACGAAGCGGAAGCGGAGAUGAACGAUGAUCCGAACCUCAAAGAGCUUCCACCGCAGCUGCUGUUUAUCCAUCAGGGGCAGAAGGAAAUCAAAGAGCUGCACUGGCACCCACAGCUCAAGGGUGUCAUCCUGUCGACCGCCCACAGUGGAUUCAACGUUUUCCGUACGAUAAGCGUGUAGUUUACACGAUUUUGUUGAAUAAAGCCAAAUGGCUCUUCGGGCUUUAUUUACACGAUCGCACAA